CUUCCCUGUUCGCCUUGGUGGCCACCUUUCCUGGCACCUGGCCCGCUAAUACGCGCCAGGCUGAUGUGUGCGCCGUGUGCCGCCCUGGGUCUGUGCGCUGGGGAGACCUUAAUAAUAGAGCGCUGAGCUACCGAGUCGGCGCCUGGCGGAGAGCAGCAGCGGGGGAGCCGGCGGUCACUGGAGGAGCAGUGGCCGGCAUUCCUAAGAGUUAUGAAGACAGCAUGGAAUUUCCAGAACAUAGCAGACAUUUGCUACAGUGUUUGAGUGAGCAGAGAGAUCAAGGAUUUCUGUGCGAUUGUACUGUUCUGGUAGGAGAUGCCCAUUUCAGAGCUCACAGAGCUGUACUGGCUUCAUGCAGCAUGUAUUUCCACCUCUUUUACAAGGAUCAGCUAGACAAAAGAGACAUUGUUAACUUGAACAGUGACAUUGUUACAGCUCCAGCCUUUGCUCUCCUGCUUGAAUUCAUGUAUGAAGGGAAACUCCAGUUUAAAGAUCUGCCUGUUGAAGAUGUGCUUGCAGCUGCCAGUUAUCUUCACAUGUAUGACAUAGUGAAAGUCUGUAAAAAGAAACUGAAAGAAAAAGCAACAACAGAGGCAGACAGCACAAAAAAAGAGGAAGACUUUUCGAGUUGUUCAGAUAAAAUAGAAAGCCUCUCAGAUGGUAGUAGCCACAUGGCAGGUGAUCUGCCCAGUGAUGAUGAAGAUGGUGAAGCCGAAAAGUUAAACAUUCUUCCUAGUCGAGGCGAUUUGACAGCUGAAUCUGAAAACAUGUGGUUGAGGUUACCCUCUGAUUCAACCAGCAUUACUCAAACUAGCAUAGAAACUGAAACUCACGCAAAUGCUGUGAAAACUGCACAUAGCCCUUGCAGCUCAGCUGGCUCCUUAUCUGGGAGGUCUAACACUUCCUUAAGGGAUAUAGGAGAUUCAGACUGUGUCCUGGACCUGUCUGUGAAAUCCAGUGUGUCGGGAGCUGAACCAUUGAGUAAUUCCUACUUUUCUUCACCAGAAACAUUGAGAAACACUAUAGUUCAUGUAAAAGUAGAAAAAGAAGGAUCUUGUGAUGAAAAUGAUAUAGAUACUACUGAAUAUGAUAUGGAGCAAAGCACUGUGAAAGAAGGCAUAAGUAAUGAUGCUAGGACACAUUAUGAGUCUGUCCAUUUGGGCAAUGUACGAGAAGAUUCAGUCUUGAGAGAGCUGGAUCAUGAUGAAAAGACAAGUGAUGAUGAAAUGAUCACUCCUGAUAAUGAGAGAGUUCAGAUAGAAAGUAACAUGGACACUAGUCUUCUUCCUUUUGUUUCAAACAUGCUUAAUCCUGCAGGGCAAAUCUUUAUGUGUCCACUUUGUAACAAAGUGUUUCCAAGUCCACACAUCCUUCAAAUUCAUUUAAGUACACACUUUCGAGAACAAGAUGGUAUACGAAGUAAACCCACUAAUGAUGUCCAUGUCCCUACCUGCUCUCUCUGUGGUAAGACCUUUUCCUGUAUGUACACUCUAAAACGUCAUGAGCGGACUCAUUCUGGGGAAAAGCCUUUCACUUGUACUCAGUGUGGAAAAAGUUUCCAGUACUCUCAUAACCUGAGCCGGCAUGCUGUUGUUCAUACUCGGGAGAAACCACAUGCUUGUAAGUGGUGUGAAAGAAGGUUUACACAGUCUGGAGACCUAUACAGACACAUCAGAAAAUUUCACUGUGAACUGGUAAACUCUUUAUCUGUUAAGAGUGAAGCAUUGAACUUGCCUGGGGUAAGAGACUGGACUUUAGAAGAUAGCUCUCAAGAACUUUGGAAAUGAAUGCAAUGUAUGUUCUCGCUUGCAUACAAAGUUAUGCAUGCAUACAAGUACACUGUAAUGUGCACUGUAAGUGUAUUUAACAAGAUGUUUAAUAUCCCCUUUACACUCAACCUAAUUUUUUUUAAUUUUAAAAGUAAUAUACAUUUUUGUUAUGCAAACAAAAAUGAGCCAUGUAAUUUUAGAAUUUGAAUCACAUGGAAAAUCAUUUGUUUGACAAAAAAUGUAGUUGUUUGAGAUCAGUGUUGCACUUUAUCAGAUUGACACAUAAUGGGUCUCUACACUGAAUGUUGUAUUAAUAUUAAUUUAUGUGUCUUUUUGUUAGGAACAGGUUGGGGUGAUCUAGACUUUGGUCAGCUAACACUAGGGACCAUCUGAUGGCAUUUUAACUGCCAUAUAAUGUGCACUUGAUUGAUGUGAUAAAGCCACUCUGAAGGUUUUAAACUAAAUUGAAUAUAUCCUGCUCCUCCUGCUUCAUAAAAGAAAAUCUGAGGAGUAAAUGCUUCCAUUUAGAGUAGAGCUUAAAUUUUCACAUAAAAAAUAAAACAUCAUUAUCAGUAAUAUUAAAAUAUAUGGCUUGUGUUUUUUUGUGAAAACAUAAUUUGGAAUAAAUAAAAAGGAUUGUGGAGAUAGUUAAGUGUUCAACUUGGCUUAAUAAUGUAUAAUUUUUGUAUAAAUUAAAAUCAUGAAGUGUUGUCAACUGAAUGCUGCUUUUAGUUUCCUUCUGUUAACUAUUUAAACAACAAAGAUGCAUGAAUAAUUCUUUUAUUAGCAUUAUGAAUUUACAGGAUAAUUUAUUUGAACAUAUUUUUUCUCAAAAGAGAGAUGCUCUUAAAAAUGCAACUUUAUAUUCAGACAAAAAAAAGUGUUGCGCGUGUAUUAUUAAUUUUUUUCAGAUUUAAUUUCAGACAAAUUAUACCUUCUUCCCUGAAAAUAUACCUGUUUACAGAUAUUUCCAGAUGCAAUAUUUAAUUAGUAAGUAUAUAAGAUUGUGCAUUGUUACAAAAAAUAUUAAAUGGCACUUCAUAAAAAAAUUAUUCAUUUCAUAACAAAAUAUAUAUGCAUACUAUUUAACUACUGAUGCUUGAACCAAGACACUGAUGCAGAUAAUAUAUGAAUGCAGGUAUAAUGUGGGUUCUUAAAAGAACAGGCAAAAUACUGCUUUUAUAGGUUGGUCAACUAUGGUGAUGUUUUUUGUUUUUGUUUCACAGACACACUGAUGUAUCUGUUUAAAAUCUGCUGCAAAAACUUAAAGGGUAUAUUUAUUUUUAUUAUUAUUUAUGUAAGUUAUAAACACCUGAAAUGUAUAAUUGAUAAUGUGAGACGCAAUUCCAGUAAAUCAGAAUUAUAUGCUGCAUCUUAAGAUUUACUAUGUAAAACAAAACAAAUGAAGAGGGGGGGGGGGGGGGGGGGGAUUCAGUGGAAUGAUGUAUAUGUACUUGAAGUUUUUAUAAUAAUUAUUUAAGAAUGGUCAGCAUUAUAGAAUAACAUGAAUAAGACAAUCAAUGGCAAUGUAUUGACAGUUUUGUUUUUUGCUUUAAUUCUUUAAUUUAGCAUUUUAAAAUGUGUGAUUUGUGAAUACAUAUAAUAGACUUUUGUCUAGCCUUGACAAUCAUUGUAUUUUAUUUUUUUUUGCAGAAAAGGGGUGGGUAAUUUAUUAUAUUGUUUUAAUUUUGUAUUUCGUGUAGGUGUUCAAUAUUUUGAAAAUGUGUGAAAUUUCAAUAAAACAUAAAUCUGAAAAAUCUGUUUCAAUAGUUUCUU